UAGAGUCUAGACAGACAAACGCACGUUGAGAUCGAUCUAACCUCUGAGCGGAGAAGACAUCUAGAGCGAAAAGAUCAUGGCCCGUAGUCUUACCGCUGCCUUAGUGGCUCUUGUUGUCACAGCUUCGCUCGUCGCCUCCGCGAUGUCGGAGACGCCAGAGUGCUGCAAGGACUACCACAAGUGGGGCAAUGAGUCAGAGAAGACCUGCGACGACGAAGAGCAGAGCGACAAUGACUGCAACGCCUGGUGCAUGCAGUCGUCCUGUAGCAGGGACGGCAAAGACGGCUUUUGCAAAAAGAUUGGCAAGCUGCACUACUGCCACUGCAAAUGUUGAUCGGGCCAUCCGAUACUGUGCUCUCUAUUUUUUAGUUUUUCAGUUUUGCUUAAGCUUGGAUCUUAAUAAUAUUGGUUGAAUAGAUGUGCCUUGCUGCCCUUGCA